AUGGUAAUAAUCAAAUUGCUGGUCUUCUUGACGUUCCUACAACAGGCAUUGGCGGAGAUCAGCUGUCGAAAUGCUGACGGUGAACCGGUGGACUGGUUCGUUGGUUAUAAAUUACCAAAACUUAUAGAUACAGAACAUAUGGGUAACGAGUUUGUAUACAUUGACCCGUUAAAACCGACAUGGGCAAAACCAGAAGACACCACUUCAGUGAACAGCACUAUUGGUCAAACCUUACAACAGUAUUACUCAAACGAAAAUGAUUCUGAGCUGUUUUAUAUGAUGUACAACGAUGAACAUGCAGACGGUAAAGCGGAUUCCAUCGUGGGCACUCGAAAGGUGCAGUGGUGUUUGACAAUGAGACCGGAUUCCGGCUUAUACACAGUGUUCCGAAGUAGACAUUUUACUUGCACAAUGCCAUCAAUCUAUAACUCACAAAUUUCGCUAGAAAUGGCUGUCAAUUAUCCCGAUAUGCAAAAUGUGUUAGCAAAAAAAUCGCUUUCUAGAUCAGCAAAAGUUUAUUGGAUUGCUGAACAACUGCCAUCAGUUGCUGGAUUUCCAUUUACAGUAUUUGGCAAGCAUAAGAAAUUUAAUGCAGAUUUGUAUGCCGAUCUGGUGGCAACAAAUACCUCUUCUUCAUAUUUCACAGAAAUCUGGCCUAAUUGA